AAAACACUAUUUUAACCGAAAAGGAAACAGUGACGACGUUUUUUGCGUAGAAAUAAGCAUACCUUAUGCACACCAAUAGCAGGCAAUGAUGUAUAGCACUGUCACCAUAUUAGUAAUCUGUUUUACCAUCAUACUGGGACUUUAUAUUUGUGAUGGGAAGUUAAACUCAAGACCAGUUAUCGGUGUUUUGGCUCAAAGCAGUAACCCUGAUGAUCGUUACCAUGGCGACACAUUUAUUCCUAGUACCUAUGUGAAGUGGUUGGAGUCGGGCGGAGCUAUGGUUGUACCCAUCAGAGUUAAGGAAAGUGACCAGUACUAUGAAACUCUCUUCAAAAGUAUUAAUGGUGUGGUGUUUCCUGGUGGGGGUGUCAAUAUCCUGACAUCUUACUUUACCAAAGCAGCGAAACUUCUGUACAACAUGGCUCUGAAGGCUAAUGAUCAAGGAGAUUAUUUUCCGCUGUGGGGCACCUGUAUGGGAUUUCAGCAGCUGACUGUCCUCACAUCAGGAAAAAACCUCCUCAGUCACCUACAUGCUCAUGGAAUGCUUCCCCUUAAUCUUACAUCAGAUUAUGGACAAAGUCGACUUUUGGAAGAUUUACCGAUGGACAUAUGGACUUCCCUAACAUUAUUCAAUGUAACAGCCAAUCAUCACAACUGGGGACUGUCUCCCAAGAAUUUCAGCCAGAACCAAGCGCUGCAGUCCUUUUAUAGAGUAUUGUCCACCAAUGUAGCAAACAAUGGGGAAGAAUUUAUAUCUACAUUUGAAGCUAAAAAAUAUCCUAUUUAUGGAGUUCAAUGGCACCCUGAGAAGGUUCCCUAUGACUGGGAUCUUGGUGAUGCCCUGUCUCAUACCAAGAGAGGUGUAAAGGUUACACAGUAUUUUGCUAACUUCUUUGUGGAAGAAUGUCGGAAGAGUGCCCACCAAUUCCCUGACAUGGACACACUGCUGUCUACUCUGAUCAGCAAUUACAAUCCUCACUUCUCUAAGGACAAACGUUUUCAGGAGGACUAUUAUUUCAACUUCACCCAUAAUUCAUAUGUGCUUGUGUGAUCUAUGAAAACAUUUGCAUGAAAUGAUCCAGGUAGCUAAUUAAUGUGACCCGAGGUAAGUGUAAUAACCAAAAGCACUGUCAACUGGGUUUUACAAAAACAUAGGUGUUGUAAAGAUGGGUUGCAGUGAGGAAGGAGUUAUAAGUAUGAGUGUGCAGUUAUUGAAAUGAGGAAGGAGUUACCAUUAUGAGUGUGCAGUUUGAGAUAUAAUUAUGAGUGUGCAGUUUGAAUUACCAUUAUGAUGUGUGCAGUUUGAGUUACCAUUAUGAGAGUGUAGUUUGAGUUACCAUUAUGAGUGUGCAGUAACAGUGUGAGGAAGGAGUUACCAUUAUGAGUGUGCAGUUAUAGAUGUAUGGAAGGAGUUACCAUUAUGAAUGUGCAGUUACAGACAUGAGGAAGGCAUUACCAUUAUGAGUGUGCAGUUACAGAUGUGAGGAAGGAGUUGCCAUUAUGUGUGUGCAGUUACAGACAUGAGGAAAGAGUAACCAUUAUGAGUGUGCAGUUACAGAUGUAUGAAAGGAGUUACCAUUAUGUGUGUGCAGUUACAGACGUUAGGAAGGAGUUGCCAUUAUGUGUGUGCAGUUACAGAUGUAUGGAAGGAGUUGCCAUUAUGUGUGUGCAGUUACAGACGUGAGGAAGGAGUUGCCAUUAUGUGUGUGCAGUUACAGAUGUGAGGAAGGAGUUGCCAUUAUGUGUGUGCAGUUACAGACGUGAGGAAGGAGUUGCCAUUAUGUGUGUGCAGUUACAGACGUGAGGAAGGAGUUGCCAUUAUGUGUGUGCAGUUAUUGCCAUGAGGAAGGAGUUACCAUUAUGAGUGUGCAGUUACAGAUGUAUGGAAGGAGUUACCAUUAUGUGUGUGCAGUUACAGAUGUAUGGAAGGAGUUACCAUUAUGUGUGUGCAGUUACAGAUGUAUGGAAGGAGGUAUCAUUAUGAGAGUGCAGUUACAGAUGUAUGGAAGGAGUUACCAUUAUGAGUGUGCAGUUACAGAUGUAUGGAAGGAGUAACCAUUAUGAGUGUGCAGUUACAGAUGUAUGGAAGGAGUUACCAUUAUGUGUGUGCAGUUACAGACGUGAGGAAGGAGUUGCCAUUAUGUGUGUGCAGUUACAGAUGUAUGGAAGGAGUUACCAUUAUGAGUGUGCAGUUACAGACGUGAGGGAGGAGUUGCCAUUAUGUGUGUGCAGUUAUUGCCAUGAGGAAGGAGUUACCAUUAUGAGUGUGCAGUUACAGAUGUAUGGAAGGAGUUACCAUUAUGAGUGUGCAGUUACAGAUGUAUGGAAGGAGUUACCAUUAUGAGUGUGCAGUUACAGACAUGAGGAAAGAGUAACCAUUAUGAGUGUGCAGUUACAGAUGUAUGGAAGGAGUUACCAUUAUGUGUGUGCAGUUACAGACGUGAGGAAGGAGUUGCCAUUAUAUGUGUGCAGUUACAGAUGUAUGGAAGGAGUUACCAUUAUGAGUGUGCAGUUACAGACGUGAGGAAGGAGUUGCCAUUAUGUGUGUGCAGUUAUUGCCAUGAGGAAGGAGUUACCAUUAUGAGUGUGCAGUUACAGAUGUAUGGAAGGAGGUACCAUUAUGAGUGUGCAGUUACAGAUGUAUGGAAGGAGUUACCAUUAUGAGUGUGCAGUUAUUGCCAUGAGGAAGGAGUUACCAUUAUGAGUGUGCAGUUACAGAUGUAUGGAAGGAGUUACCAUUAUGAGUGUGCAGUUAUUGCCAUGAGGAAGGAGUUACCAUUAUGAGUGUGCAGUUACAGAUGUAUGGAAGGAGGUACCAUUAUGAGUGUGCAGUUACAGAUGUAUGGAAGGAGUUACCAUUAUGAGUGUGCAGUUACAGAUGUAUGGAAGGAGUUACCAUUAUGAGUGUGCAGUUACAGACGUGAGGAAAGAGUUACCCUUAUGAGUAUGUAAUUAUAAAAGUAAGGGAGGAGAGAUAAACAUGUGGGAGCAGUCAUAGACUUGAGGAAGCUAAGGAGUAAUGGAGGUAAGAACAGAAGGAGGAGUCACACCAAUCUGAAGCAGUAAAUUGACAGAAAUCUAUAUUAAAAUAAAAUUUUCACUGAAACAAUCGUGAACUACUUAUCAUUCCCGUGACUGCUUAUAUCGUGCCCUUUUGGUCCAAGCUCUACUUCUCGUGAACUACUUAUCAUUCCCGUGACUGCUUAUAUCGUGCCCUUUUGGUCCAAGCUCUACUUCUCGUGAACUACUUAUCAUUUCCGUGACUGCUUAUAUCAUGCCCUUUUGGUCCAAGCUCUACUUCUCGUGAACUACUUAUCAUUUCCUUGAAUGGUUAUAGUGUGCCCUUUUGAUCCAAGCUCUACUUCUCGUGAACUACUUAUCAUUUCUGUGAGUGUUUAUAAUGUGCCCUUUUGGUCCAAGCUCUACUUCUAAAUGCAAUCAAAAUAUCAUAAACAUUGUUCCAAUAGUUGUGUAUAUCCAUAUUUAUUGACUGUACGUCAGACUCCAGUGGAAGAAAUGUAGAUAUUUGGGAGUUAUGUAUGGAAGAGUGGUGGCGUUACAGAUCUGAUGUAAGUAUAUACAUGGCAGAGGAGUAACAGAUUUGGGAAAGGAGGUAUAUAUGAGAGGGUAGAGUUAGAGAUCUUGGGAGAAGUUAUGAUUAUAAACAAGAUGGUGGAGUUAUGAUUUUGAAGAAGGAGUUAUGGAUAGUAGGGGGGAGUUAAAGAAAUGUGGAGGGAGCCAUUGGUAGAUAGAUAGGGGAAGGAGUUAUGUACUUCAAGGGGUUGGUACAGACAUGAGGAAGGAGCCAUUGUUAUAGAGGUAGGGGAAGGAGUUACAUACUUCAAGGGGUUGGUACAAGCAUGAGGAAGGAGUAAAAGGAAGCAGUAACAGAGAAGUGAGCAUGAUAGAGAUGUUGAUGUGAGGAAAUAGAAAGGGGGAGAAUUCUGGACUUUAGAGAAUUAUGGAACUGGAGAAGGAGUUUUUUAAUAGGGGAGAGGGGUGAUUGAAGAGAAAAGGAGCAAGAAUAUUUUCACUAUUAAAAUCUUUAAGAAGUUAUUUAACAAUAGGUGUAAUGCACUUUGAUGUCAGUUGUAUAUGCUCUCAAUAUUUAUGCAAUUAAUACCUGUAUGCAAUUAGAACUCAUUACCAUUUUCUAAAACCAUUUUAUUAAUUUAGUUUUACUAAAUAAUACCAUCUUCAAAAUGGAUUUACUGCUUGCAAAAUCCUGAUUUUAGUGCGCUACAUAUGAACGUAUGUAAAUCCUAUUUUCUGCUCUUUAUUCAUUUAAUUGAUGAUAUGUAUUAGGAAUGAUCUUCAAAUGAUGGCUGUCUGUCAACACUGUAGUAAUUUUGAAUUUGCUCAAACUUUGAGGAAAUACAUUUUUGUACAUUAUUUUACUUACUGAUAAGCUGUGCCUUUUUUACCCCACAGCCGGAAAGGGUGUGGGGUAUUGCGAUCACGCACGACAUCCGUCCAUCUGUCCGUCCGUCAACAAUUGCAUACCGCUUAUUAUCUCCAAAACGACAUCACCAGCGAUCACCAUUUUCGCUGGAUAUGUUGGGCCUAUGGACCUACACAGCCUGUUGAGGUUCUUCACAAUCUUAGCCCUGCACCCAAUUUUAUAAUAAGGCUGUGGGGUAUUGCCCGUGUUUGCGGAGCUAUUUUUCAUGAUUAACGUUACAUUGUACAUGUUUGUCAAUUACAAUAUGCUUAGGUGCUAUGAAAAAAGAUCUUACUUGUAUACAAUGUCCAAUAUAUUUAUGAAUCUAUCGACAGGUUAUGCUCCUCCAAUUUUUCUGUCAAAAUGGUGUUCAUUGUGAUAUGUCAAGGUUAGCUUGUACUAGCCGUUAAUACUUCAUUAACUCUAGUGUUUAUUGCUUUUCAUCAGAAUGUUUAAGUUCUGUUGAAAUUAUUAUUUUAUAUUAUUGCACUGUAAGAAGUAUAUCAAAUCAACAUUAUACUUUGUUUUAUUUUAAUUAAUACUAUAUCAAAUGGUUAGAUAAGUAAAUGUUAAACUUCUGCAAAAAUUUCCCCAAAUAAAUUGCUGCUUGAGUUUCAGUGUAAAUGAUGUAAUAAGUUUCCAUGUAAUAAGAGACAUGAAUUAUUUAAGAGAACUAUAUUCAAUGUAAUAACAUUAUUAAUAGUAACAGGUACUCUUGUAAUUUAAUUUAUUUCUGUUUUUUAUGUGUAUAUUGACUUUUGAAUUCUCACAUGUACAUGUAGAUAAUUAAUGUGUAAGUUGUAUUCCUUUGGUACUGCACUAUUUAGUUGACAGUUUGAAAACAAGUGUCAAUAUACAUGUAUAUGAUGAAAUGUUAAAUUACAGUGUACAUAAUUGAUGCUUUUUUCACCAUGUCUUUCGAUACAUCUGUCUCAAUUGACACCUAGAAUACUGGUAUUUCUCAUUUUCCUUAUCUAUUUUACUUGUAUCGAUCUGUUAUUGAUGUUAUAGGCAAAAGUACAGAUGGAUUAAGCUAAUACCCACCUUGUUUCGAAGUGUUAUUGCUAUACAUGUGGUGUUAGUUUAAGUAUCACACAUGCCCUUUCUCUGCAUUUGAAAGUGAAUAUCAAAUGAUACAUUGUGUUAAUAUAAAAUAUAAUGCUUGACCCUAUGAUAUAAUAUGAUGUAUACAUGGUUUUACAGGAAUACAUGUGUAUACACCUAAUAUUACUGGAACCUGUAUAUGAAUUAUAUAGAGCAUGCAUAUUGCAUUCACAAAGUGUUUAACUUUCAAGAUAUUGUCAAGUUUUCUUUGAUGAUGCAAUGAUAUAUACAUAACUGAUAUAUAUGAAAAA